AUGGCAGCCGCCGUGGCCAACGAAACUUGCGAUGCUUUUGGUCCCCAAUCAAAGCCCUGCAAGCUGGGUGCCAUGGUGCGCUAUGCCGUCAACGCCAGCUCCCCAGACGACUUCAUCCAAACCAUUCGAUUCUCCCAGGAACGAAACAUUCGUCUCGUCAUUCGCAACACAGGCCAUGAUUAUGCGGGAAAGUCAACAGGUGCAGGCGCACUAUCCAUCUGGACCCAUUAUGCCAAGGAUAUUAACUUCCUGAACUAUACCAGCCCGCACUACACAGGACCAGCGGUCCGGAUGACCGCGGGUAUCCAAGGUACAGACAUCAACGAGGCGGCCCAUAAAAAAGGCCUGGUAAUCGUAGGCGGGGAAUGUGCCACUGUCGGCCCCGUCGGGGGCUUUACGCAAGGAGGAGGCCACUCAGCUCUGAGCUCUCGGUUCGGUCUUGGAGCCGACCAGGUGCUGGAAUGGGAGGUGGUAGAUGGAAUGGGACGAUUACUAACUGCAUCGCCCACCGAGAACCCAGAUUUGUACUGGGCUCUCAGCGGAGGUGGAGGCGGGACAUAUGGCGUCGUGUACGCCAUGACCGUCAAAGCGUUUCCCGACUUCCCCGUCACAGGCGUCGUUCUUGAAUUCAAGAACAAAAAUCCCACGUCGGACCGUUUCUUCCAAGCCGUAGGCCACUACCAUCGUCACCUGCCUACAUAUACUGCGGCUGGUGGGAUGGGAAUUGCACAAAUCACAAACUCCUCGUUCUUGCUCACCCCACUGACACUGCCUGCUCUUACAGCAGUUGACGCAAAGAAAUUGCUGGCACCAUUUUUGGAUGAUCUGCGUGGGCUGAACAUCUCUUAUACACUGAACAUCACCCAGUCGGCCUCGUAUUUCCAGCAUUAUAUGAAACUGAUCGAGCCCAACCCGACUCAACUGGUGCAAAACGCUCAAUACGGUGGUCGUCUUCUUCCGCUUGAUGUCAUUCAGAAUAAUAACACUCAGCUCACGGAUGCGGUCCGGAAAAUCACCGAGGAUGGGGCUAUCUUCGUGGGCAUUGGUCUCAAUGUCUCGUCAUCUGUGACCGGCAAUUUGUGGAAUUCAGUUCAUCCUGCAUGGCGUACAGCAGCAAUGACUGUCAUAUUAUCUACGAACUGGCCCGCCGGUGCCAACCUCGCUGAGAUGAAAACGCUGGCAAAUCAAAUGACGACAAAAUGGGCUGAUCCCCAACAACCAAAUUGGCAACACACCUUUUACGGUCGCAACUAUAAUUCAUUGUACGCGAUCAAGAAGAAAUAUGAUCCGUUCCAGACGUUCUAUGCUACGACAGCAGUGGGCAGUGAAGACUGGCAAGUUGAGGAUGGUGGUCGUUUGUGCCAGGCCACCAGAAUGAAUUGA